UCCUCCUCCUCUCGUCUCCCACCGCGAAUUUCUCCUCCUCUUUUAUGCUCACAAAACAAAAACAAAAAAACAAUUUCUUCCAUCUUCGUCUUCCUCCUGCCGCCUACGGGAUCCAAGGAGCGGAGAGAGGGGAUUCUCCCCGCGAACUCAAUAAAAGAAACCCAAUCUCGCGUCGCUCGAGGCCAGAGUUGUUUACCGCUCCUCCAUCUCAUCAAAGGGAUAAAUAAAGAACACCAUUGCCCAAAAGCCGCAGGCGUUAGGUGGUGGUGGUGGUGGUGCGUGCCAGUCAAAGAAGAGGUCUGGGAAGGAAGAAGAAUCAACAUCCAUCCAUCCAUCCAUCCAUCCGCCCACCAACCUACUCUCUCCUCGUCCUCCUCCUCCUGCCGUCCCUAAUCCCCUCCCAUUCUCGCCACGCCGACGAGAGGGGCGAAAGGGGGAGCCUUGCUUGAUUUGAUUCCCGUGCGAUCCUCGGUUGAUUGUUCGGGACAAAGAUGUGCCCGCUGAGGGUGAUACUCAUCUUCCUCUCCGCCACCAUCGCCGGCUUCUUCCUCCUCCGGGGCCUCAACGCCGAGCCGGACCUGUUCCAGGACGACGACGCCGCCGCCGUCGCGGCGAACGACGAGGACGACGAGGGGUCGCCGGGGUCUCCCAGGGACCCCGCGCCGCUCCAUUCCAAGGUUGCAUCUGCCGCGAAGACAGGAUUCUGGACGAUGGUGGACAUGGCAAGCGGGCGGUACCUUUGGAGGACCCUUGUUGCAUCACCGGCAAAAUCUGACUCCGAGAAGGCCCGGUGACGAACCUUCAUCACCCGUUUGAUACUCGUGUAAUUGGAGCGCCCGAAUGGGGAUACUUUGCACUGUAUCUGUUUUGGUUGCAUCUUGUGUGUAAUGCGGCGGCAGUUGUAACAUGGGGGUUAUAUGUUUGGACUAAAUGUGCCAAAUUGUUUACGUAUGAACCUUGUGUCGUAUAUGCUGGGAGCCUGGUGUAUGGAUUUGGAACUGAAUUUGCAUGUUUUUAUUAUUUAAUCAUUGUUUCCACUUCGUUGA